AUGGCGGCGCCGCUCGUUGCGGCCCAUGGUUUCGUGCAAAAUGCUACUAUAGGGGGGAAGGAAUAUGAUUUUUACCAUCCCUAUCAGGACCCUUAUAUGUCACCUGCACCACCAAGAGUCUCCCGCAAAAUUUCCGGCAACGGCCCCGUUGAAGACCUCACGCUGAUCGACAUGGAAUGUGGAGGAUGGACUGCGGGAAAGGAUGCUGGGUCCGCACCUGCGGCUCUACAUGCGCCCGCAGAGGCUGGGAGUACCGUGAAUCUGAGGUGGACGCUCUGGCCGGAGAGUCACCAGGGUCCGAUCAUCACUUACAUGGCGAGGUGCCCUGAUGAAGGAUGCCAGAGCUGGACCCCCAACGGAACAGCGGUAUGGUUCAAGAUUGCAGAGGAUGGUCUGCACUCCACGAAUCCGGAUUGGUUGAAGAAUGUGUGGGCUGUCACGCCGCUCAUAUCGUAUCCUAAUAAGGGCGUCGACUACCAGGUCCCGGAGUGUUUGAAGCCUGGAUACUACCUCGUGCGUCAUGAGAUCAUUGCGCUGCAUGGCGCAUACAACUACCCUGGGGCGCAGUUCUACCCGGGAUGCCAUCAAUUGGAAGUGACCGGAAAAGGGACGAAAGAGGUCAAAGAAGGACUGGUCUCGUUCCCAGGAGCGUACAAAGAGACCGACAAAGGUGUGCUGUACAGCCAGUAUGAUCAGCUGCCGUAUGAGAUUCCGGGACCGAAGUUGUUUCAAUGUUAAAUGUUGAUGAGAUCCAAUGAGUAUAAAGAGACUUUGGCCAGCAUGUACAUAUCGAAGAUUUCUAGAGAAACAACGUCGUCAUUGAGAAGAGUGACUUUUGUGAUCAUUACGAUGGUACUUGUCUCCGACGAGCUGAGGUUUCGAAGAGACCGUCAAAGCCUCGGCCCGUUGAUCAAGUCCGGCAUGAAAUCUAAAACAUCUAUGAAUAAAAGACGCUGAUCUACUCUCUUUCAGAUUUUGCUUUGAAUGGGCGGACUGGAGCAUUGGUAUUAGCAUGGGCCGAGCGGUGGACACUUCGAGGGAGGGGAAAUGCAGAUUGGUGAAGUGAGCUGGACCGAAUAACGCAUGAUGAAUAGCUAUCGAGCUGACGACGCUGAAUGCUGAUUGAGCAUGGUUGCUUUGUGAGAUAUUUUGUGAUGCGCGUAGGUGGUCAGGUGUAG